AUGUUGUAAAUAAUAUAUUUUAAAGAGAUUUUGAUAAUAAUUUCUUAGAUUGAGAAUCUUUAGUUCCAGAAUUAAAAAGAAAUAAAUUAUUGUAAUUAAAUUAAUAAUUCUUUCAUACAUAUAAACAUAAAUACAUACAUAGAUAAUAUGUUUAGAUUAAAUAGGCUCUUUAAGCCAAGUAGAAACUUUUUGUUAAAUUAGCACCUCUUUUAUAAGACUUAAAAUGAAGUGGCUUCUUAAGCACUCUUUAGGAAGAAUUAUUACAAUUUUUCCAGCUCUUAGUCAUCUUCAUAGUCAGGCGAUAAUAGCUAGCAAUCAUUAAACGACUUUAAAUCAUAUAUACAAAAAUUGAAGGAUGAAGACUCGAAGCAAUUCAAUAGAGAAGAGUGGGAUAAUAAAAUGAUGUUUAAAUUUUUGAGUAGUUUCAUUAGAAGACCAUAUGCAUUAGAAAUCAUUUAGGAAAUAGAAUUAUAUGUAUUUAGCCAGCAAUUUCAAAGUUGCUAUAAGGAAGAAAUAGUUAUUGUUAAAUAUGCUUUGUUUGCUUUACAUGUGUGGUUAGUUAAGAAUAGGCUCUCUCAGAUAAUGAGUUUAGAGUCAUUUCGUAUAAACAGAAGCUUAGAUAAGCUAUUUGAAGAAUACACUAAAGAUAUAGUGUAUCAGUUUUAGGAUUAUUUUGAUAAGGAUGUCUAUUCUGAGCUUAUUAGAAUCAAGAGGACUCUUUUCUAUUCUUUAGAUGAUUAUUUUGUUUAUGAUUAUAAAGAUAGAGAUCUUUCAGAUAUCAUUCUCGAUGAAAUAUUAUAAGGAACAUAUGAAGGAAACGACAUAGAUAAAGAAUCAGAAGAAAUAAAUAACUUGAUAAAUUACAUUCAUGAGCAUAGAAGCUAUUUAUCCCAUUUUUCUGCCUCUGAUUUAAAAGAGUAUAAGAUUUUCUGGGGGCUAGAUAGAUGCUAUAAAAAAGAUUAGAACUGA